CGUCUGGGAAGGUUCUAUCCCGGAAGUGGGGCUCAGGCCGUUGUGGUCAGUUUAGUCCCCGAGGCUUGGCUGGGGGGUUCUGCUGGCGACAUGGCCGACCCUGACCCCCGCUAUCCCUGCUCGUCCAUCGAGGAUGACUUCAACUAUGGCAGCUGCGUGGCGUCUGCCAGCGUGCACAUCCGCAUGGCCUUUCUCCGAAAAGUCUACAGCAUCCUGUCUCUGCAAGUUCUCUUAACUACAGUGAUGUCUGCAGUGUUCUUAUCCUUUGAGUCCAUACGGACAUUUGUCCAUGGGAGUCCUGCCUUAAUUCUGGUGUUUGCUCUUGGAUCUUUGGGUUUGAUUUUCGCAUUGACUUUAAACAGACAUAAGCAUCCCCUUAACCUCUACCUGCUAUUUGGAUUUACACUGUUGGAAGCUCUGACUGUGGCCAUUGUUGUUACUUUCUAUGAUGUAUAUAUUGUUCUACAAGCUUUUAUACUGACUACUGCAGUAUUUCUUGGUUUGACUGUAUAUACUCUACAAUCUAAGAGAGAUUUCAGCAAAUUUGGAGCAGGGCUGUUUGCUGUUUUAUGGAUUUUAUGCUUGUCAGUAUUCUUGAAGAUAUUUUUUUAUAGUGCGACAGUGGAGCUGGUCCUUUCUGCAGUGGGAGCCCUUCUUUUUUGCGGUUUCAUCAUCUAUGAUACACACUCCCUGAUGCAUAAACUGUCACCUGAAGAGUAUGUAUUAGCUGCCAUCAGCCUCUAUUUGGAUGUUAUCAAUCUGUUCCUGCACCUCUUACGGUUUUUGGAAGCAGUUAAUAAGAAGUAACUGAGAGCAGUAUACAGAGACUAUCAUUAUGUAAUAAAAGUUGAAAUAUAAUUAAAUGUUGUUUAAAACGUU